AUGCUCAACGUGCAUCUGGUUCCUCACACACACGAUGAUGUGGGCUGGUUGAAAACAUUCGAUCAAUAUUUUUACGGACUACGAAACUACAUACAACGAGCAGGGGUUCAGUAUAUUCUUGACAGUGUCGUUCAAGCGUUAGCAGCCAACCCGGAACGACGGUUCACAUAUGUGGAAAUGGCUUACUUCAUGCGAUGGUGGAAUUCCCAGACACAGGAAGUUAAAGAUCUAGUUCGUGAACUCGUGCGAACAGGUCGGUUACAAUUCGCUCUAGCCGGAUGGACCAUGGCUGAUGAAGCAACCGUACACUACUCGGACGCCAUUGAUCAACUCACACGCGGCCACGAUGCUUUGCGUCGUUUGUUUGGUGAUUGUGGGAUUCCGAGAGUCGCCUGGCAAAUAGAUCCAUUCGGACAUUCACGAGACCACACGGAAUUGUUUCGUGACGCUGGACUGGACGCUGUAUUCUUCCAGCGAAUGGACUAUCGGGAGAAAAAUUUCCGACGUGAAUCAAAAUCUUUGGAAGUUCUGUGGGAAACCAGCGUGGAACCAGACCCCCAAAGCCGCGGUUUGUUCACCAGCAUGUUUUAUGACAGCUAUUGUCACCCAGCCACUUUCUGUUUCGAUGACAAAUGUAACGACGAACCAAUGAUAGAUGACCCCGACAUGCCCGAAUAUAAUAUCCCAAAACGUGUCAGGGAAUUUCUGGCUCAUGUGAAUACGGUUCGCAGAGCGUUUGCGACCAAUCACAUCAUGGUUUUGAUGGGUUGCGAUUUCACGUACGAGAAUGCACACGUGAAUUUCAAGAAUAUUGAUAAAUUGAUUCGAUAUGUAAACCAGGUGCAAAAGAACGGGAGUGAUGUAAACCUACUCUACUCAACUCCUCAAUGCUACACAAAAGCUGUCAAUCGAGCCAUGGCGAGGAAUACUACCAUCGAACGACGUCGUGGUGAUUUCUUCCCGUAUGCAAGUGGACCGAAUUCAUACUGGACCGGGUAUUACACGAGUCGACCUGCACUGAAGAAAUUCAUUCAUGAUGCGUCCAACUUACUGACCGCAAUAGAGCAGGUGAGUUAA